AUGGAACCGAGAAACCAAACAGUUGAUUUACAGUUUCUUCUCCUAAAGCUGACAGAUGAUCCAGGACUACAGCCCCUACUCUUCAGCUUAUUCCUGGCCAUGUACCUGGUCACCAUCCUGGGAAACCUGCUCAUCAUCCUGGCCAUCAGCUCUGACCCCCACCUCCACACACCCAUAUACUCCUUCCUCUCCGACCUGUCAUUUACUGACCUUUGUUUAAGCACAAGCAUACUCCCCAAGAUGCUGCUGAACAUCCAAUCACAGAACCACCACAUCAGUUACACAGCCUGCUUCUCCCAGGGCUUCUUUGUUCUGAUGUUUCUCGUCUUGGAAAAUUGUCUACUCUCAGCAAUGGCCUAUGACCGCUACGUGACCAUUUGUCAACCUCUAAUGUAUAGCACCAUCAUGAACCCCCAGUUUUGCUUCCAGUUCAUUCUGGUUUCACUGUCCACUGGUAUUGUGGACACCAUGGUCCACACUGUGAUGUUGCUGCAGCUGUCCUUCUGCACAGACCUGGAAAUCCCGAACUUCUGUGAACUUGCUCAGGCCAUUAAACCUGCUCGCUCUGACACGCUCAUCAAUUAUAUAUUGGUUUACAUUUUGUCGGUUCUUUUGGGUGGUAGUUCCCUAUCUGGGAUCAUUUUUUCUUAUUCUCAGAUUAUCUGCUCUCUUUUGAGAAUGCCAUCCUCUGGCAGAAAAUACAAAGCCCCUUCUACCUGCGGGUCUCAUCUCUUAGUUGUAUUAUUAUUCUACGGGACAGGCUUUGGUGUGUACAUCAGUUCUGCUGUCACUGGCUCCUCCAGAAUGUCUGCAGUGGCUUGA